CCAUUUUGCUCCGAACUCUUCAUUUGGGAUCGGAUGUUGUGGUAUCGUUUGGCGGCACUGUACAACGACACACAACUUCGCCCGACGCUAAUCACAGCACACUCUCACCACACACCACCGAUAUUCAAUACCGCCACCAGGUCGGCCAAAGGAAACCUCUCUUUUUCUCUUUGCCGACUUUCUUUUCGAAUCGUUGUUUGCUCGUUUCGCCACGAAAUCAAUAAGUAAAUAAUCGAUUCGGAUUUGCCGGCACAAUUUUUCUUAUUUUGAUCGAGAAGAAAAAACUUUCUCGCGUGUAGCUCGCGACACACACGCGACAAGAAGCAAAGAAACCGUUACGUUACGCGUAUUCCAAGACGAAGGAAGGAGCUUCCUCCCACUUCGACACUCCCAAUUUAAUCACUGGCAACAAACAGAUUAUCACUAGUCACUAGCCGGAAGGUGGUGACCCCAAGCACGAUGAGUGCUGUCGUCAGGGCAGCGCCGUAGAACGAUCGGCCAACAAAACAGGGUGGCUACGGAGAUUUCGCGAUCAAAUUUUUGCGUCGCUACGUACGCUGGCGACAACCACGACAACGACGCCGACAACCACGACAACGAUGAUGACGAUGACGACGAUGACAACGACGACGACGACGACGACGACGACGAUGACGUUGACGACAACAACCACGACGACGGCGACGACAACAACCACGACGACCACGAAGAUGUGGAGGAAGAGCCUCGAUAGUGGACACCACUGAUGGCAACGGCUAGAAGGAUCAGAACCGUCGCCGAACACCACAUCGUAUACCACUGAAUCGCGUAUGAAGAAAGGCGGUUAAUCACACGUCACACUAAGCACACCGGGCACAAUGCGCGGGCGAUACAUCCCAGCGCAUAUUUGCCAAGCAUUAUUACACUCGCGUCAAUCCGCCUUGAUGAUUUUCAACGAUUGCCGUUUUCUUGAUAUCGUACACCGAUCAACAAACAGAGCCUUUCCAGGUACUCUUUCAAACUCUCGCGUAAAACCCCACUUGAAAAAAAAAAAAAAAAAAGAAAACAAUCGAUCCACCAACGGAUAGAACCGUUGAUGUUUUCCUCCUGGCGAAUAUUAGAACGUGCAACUCUUUUCUUUUCACCGCGCACACGACACACUAUAUUCCUUUUCCUCUUUCCUCUUACUUUGAUUUCUUUUCUAUGACUUCACUAACGCGCGUAGUCGCUUCUUUCACAUCACUGUAUCAUCACCGCUUGGUAUCUCGUUAAUGGUAUAACACAUCGGAUAUAUUUCGUUAGUAAAAGCGAGGCGCGGUUUCCUCUAUCUUUUUUCUCGCGAUCGUACACAACUCGUCGUGUCACAUAACGUGCGUUGAUCGAGAAAAUUAAUGGUAUUAUUAGUGCAACUCGAUCGCUACGAUGCACGCUUGUAUAUGUACGUCUUAAACGCACUCGCUUCGUUCACUCGGGCCAUGUAACGCGGAUGGAGCUGGCUUCGCUCCUUCUCACUGCACUACACUACUCAGAGUGACGUCACCGUGGCGGGAGCGUAGUAUGGCUCGCUGGCUAGUAGCGCUGUUGGUUGCGUGGUGGGGUACACCACGUAGGGGAACGAAACGAGUCUACCUCGAAAAGCAGCGACUUGCAAUCGCGAUCGUCGCACGCCAGCCGGUGAAGUGUACCCACGGUGGGGGAAACUUUUCGUACAUCCCCGUAGGGGAGAGAGUUGGAGGGACUCGUUCGAAUCGAAGCAAGGACAGGUAGGGAGAGAGAACUCGGGUCUCCAGGAGAGAAGGGAUAACGGGUCGAACGAGCUAACCCGAACCCCCGAGCCGCCCGUCGUCCCUCACCGACUCUUCCUCUCCUCUCGUCUCUUCACUUCGCUCUUUUCCCCCAUUCUCCUCUGGCGAAUCGUCCCGCACCCCGUGUACUCCUCCAUCCUCUUUUCUCCUCUCUUCUCUUCUCUCCCUACCCCGUAAUCUGUUCGUCUUCUUCCUCCUACCUUGUGCCUCCUCCGCCGACGCCACUCAUCCGCCAUCUUUGUUCCACGCUCUCUGUCUCUUUCUCUCUUUCCAUUCCGCUCUCACCAGGGCCGGUUUAGAGGCAGCCAAUUACCCGGGGCAUCGGUACUUUCUACCAAGAAUAAAGACGGAAAAUCGGAUUAUUACGAAAAUAAAAGUACUUAACUCUUGUGUCGUGCUCUCUAAUCAAGGAAGUAACGAUCAAACAAACGCGUCGGUUCGAUGCUGUGUAUAACCUAUUAAAAUAUUUUCUAGUUCAAACAUGAACGGUCUUUGUAUACGAAUACCUUGGAUACAGAAUACAUACGAGUUACGAUAUAAGAAAUUUAUGUAUGCACACUUCUAUUUUGUUUGAUAUCGCGAUGCUAUUUUAUCUACGAUACAGGCAAAGUUUAAACACGAAUCGUGGAACACAGGACAUGAUGUAACGAGGAAUUUUAUUUCUUUCGAAUACGCUAAUUUAACAAAUUAUAGAGGUCACGUUGCGAUGCAAUUUUUAUAAAUAACGUUAAUUACCGUGCAAAACAUAUAAACAUAGAAUACCGAGAAACAUCGUAAACAGAUACAAUGAACGAUAUCGAAAAUUUAUGUACGUUCUUCGUGCGUUGUAUUUCUAAUCGUACAUAUUUAAUUUCGCUGAAUUAUCACUUAUUUUUGCUAGUAUCGUAUUCAAAGUUCAAUCGAGAUAGGGGAAUAAUGCGUUUCGAAGCGGUAUAAGGCACCGGAGUGCAUUGAGCCGGACCUGGCCAUGCUCCAUCUUGUUUCCGCUAAAAUCGCGUCGAAGUCGUAGAUUCAUGGCGUCGAUCUAGUGCUGCGAAUUCACGAGACGUAUCGUUCGUUUGUCUUUUACGUGUCGUACCUUCUUUUAAUGGUUCGCAACGGUUCGUUCGUAUGACAUUAACUCUAUUGGCGACAAUAUCAAACAUCCGUUUGUCGGUUAAAGUACGUCAUCGAGGCUAGAGAAAGCGAUUUCCGUCGCACUUGAAUUGCUUCGUCCGAAAACGAAGGCAGUUUCACGACUGUUUUGUAGUUGAGAACGCUUUGAACGAGAAACGCCUAUUGCGUGUUCUGUACCGGUGAUUUAUAGGCACCUUCUAACGUACAGUACCCAUAUACCUAUACAUAAAGAUGUUCUCUGUAUUAAACUGUAAAUGGUAUUGUAGUACAAUAAAAUAUAACAAGGGGUUUUCACAAAUUGUAUUGCUAAAUAUAAUGAGUUUACGUUAUAAUACCAUGUAUUUACUGUAAUUUUUUGCCAUAUAAUUUACGUCUUAAAUCUUUUACUUAUUUUUAAUGUCUCAAUAUAAAUAUAUAUUUAUGAUGACUAACGAAUAAAAUACAAUGAAACAAUAAGAGAUUCAUGUAAAAAUAUCAAACAUUUUACUUUUUUAUAUUUCUUUGCCUCAAAUGAACGGUAAUAAACAGAUUAAAGAAUUCCUGAAGUUUAAAUUUUUUACAAGAUACUAGCUUAAUUACUAGAACAAAAAUUAGAUACUGCAAGAGCAAUUAAAGCGUUAGAAUGAAUAAUGUGAAAAAUGUCAAUAACAAUGGAUUUGUAUUUUGGUGUACUUGCAAUUUGAUUUUGCGACGUAUAAUUUACCGAACCUCGAUUGGAUUAUUUUAGAACUAUAUCUUUGUUUGCGUUAUAUAUAUACAUAUCUUUUAUUUAUCUUUUAUUUAUCGAGAUAUAUUGUUUUUUUAAUUGCAUAAGACGGCACAAGUGACGGUGGCGACAACCUCCAAUGAAGCAAUCUAAUAAUUAUCUUACAGUCGUACACUCAGUGCCACCUGUAGGAAAGAUAAAUAUUACAAACUUAUUACCUACCAACAAUAAACUCGAGUAAAAUAAUUUCAUAUCGAACAAACAAAAUUGUUUAUUCCGUGUAAGCACAUAAUUGCAACCUUUGGUUAGCAGUCCUUAUACGUCCAUAAUAUCUAACCUUUCUCGCAGUAUGUCAAUUUUUAAUAUUCGUACGAAGUAAUUUAAGACAUACAAGUAUUAAUUUCUUAAUUUCAAUCUUUGUCAUAUAUUUUUUCACGUAUAUUAUCGCGCAUCUAAGUAAAAGAAACAUGUCAUUGCAAGAUAAACGUUCAGAAAUUACAGUACAUACAGAAGAACCAUCUAUUUUAUCAUACGAUGCAAACGAGCGGAAGUUGGCACGCAGACUUCGUAUACAACGACGUAUACAAGCACGAGAUAAACAGAUAAAAGAUCAAGAUGAAGAAAUCGAGGAAAUAACUCCUAUCGAGAAGCAAAUACUCGAUAGCAUAGAAACCUUGGACAAAUUAGCCGCAGAAGGCGAUGAAGUGGUUACAGGCAUCAGAGUGGCGAAUGACGCGAAGGAACUGCAAAGACGAAAAGAGAUGCGAGAGAAGAGAGAAAGAUUAUUGGAGGUACUCGAAGAGGAAGAUAAAAAAUGCACGGAGAAAUAUCGCGAGAUUACGGAGAAAUGGCCGGUUAUACUUGCGUCGAAACAUCCGCUGGAUAUUCACGAAGAGUUGCAGAGUCAAAAUGCCAAGUGUCUCGAAAUCUUAGAGAAGAAGGACGCGUUGAUCGCGGAAUUGAAACAAGAACUUGACAACGCUGAUCUACAGUACGCCGAGGAUGUAAAUAAACAGAACGAGGAGGUCGAUUUGCUUAUCGAAAGGAUGGAAAACCAAAUACGAAUAAUGAGCAAAGCUUAUCGCCGAGAGGUUGAGUUGAUCGAAAGCGUCAUCGAAAUGGAGCGGAAAAUACUUUUGGAAUCUUUUUUGGAAAAGUGGAAUGUAUUAUUUAAGCAGCUCAAGGACGAUACAUUCGACGCGAGGAAAAAGAGGAAGGAAGUAAUGCGCGAGUAUGAAGAGGAAAUGCAGAAAGCGAUGAUACAGCAUCAAGAAGAGUUUAGGAAACAGAAGAUUAUGUUUGAGUUGGAGAUACAGAAUCUUCAACAGGAGAUACAGAAUAUGAAAGCCUUCUGUAUGAUGAAUACCGAGAAAUUGGAUUAUAAUUACGCGGUGCUGAAACGGCGAGACGAAGAGAAUACUAUCGUGAAGAAUCAGCAGAAAAGAAAAAUCAACAAGCUUCAGGAUGUUAUUAAUAAUUUAAGGAAGACCUACACAGCACUGGAAGAGUCGACGAGGGCGGAAAUUCAAAAGAUCACGAAUCAAAUACUAAAGUCGCAUACGGCUAUACUAGACUUGGAAGAAAAGUUGAACCAUCUCACAGUCAUCAACGAUAAAAAGUACAUGCAAAUUUGGGACAUGAAUAUCGAAACUGCGAACGAAUUAGUCGACAAGAUUUUAACGGCAGAUAGAAUUAUACACGAACAAUUGUUAAUAAUGGAGUGGCAACCGCCGGAGGUAAAGUUAUUGAAAAAGGAAGAAUUACCGUCGUAUUGCGGAGCGAUGUGUGCCUUGAAAGCAGAACAAGAGGAAGCCAAAAAACGAAAAACGAUAUCUAAAUCGUAUAAACCAGCGACUACCGUAGAGGAAAUUAAUUUAGAACGACGCUUACUAAAUCAUAUUCUUAAACUAAUUUCCGAACACUGUGAUUACCUUAUCGAAGACACUUUGAAGAAUUUACUGUCCGAUUACACAGAAGAGGAUAAGCUAUUGAUUCGAUUGGACAAAGCAUUUGAGGCUCUAAAAAUUACAGCCGAAGAAGAACUUCAAUUUUUAUUGAAUUUUUUCUUACCGUAUGCAUAUUGUCCCACGUGUACGGUUCAAACUGUAAGCACAUCAAGUGUUUGUGGACAGUCUGUAGAAAUUACGGAAAGUUCUUCGUCUCUAACCACUAUUUCUGAUGUUUGUGGCAGCGAUACACUUAAUACGAAAGAAGCCAAGUUAGUGGCAGCUAUGGAAGAGGUACUUUGUUGUGAAAAACUACACGAUGAUGGUCAUGAAAGUGACAUUGUUAUGAGUAGAAGCGUUCCUUCGACCGAAACACCGCCUGUUAAUACAGAAGUUGUAUCGACUUGUGUAUCUGAGGGCAUUGUCGAAGUUACUGACACAGAUGGCGAACCGAAACGAUCAUUAACCUGCGAUAAAGGCCAUUUGUUGACAAUUGAAACUGAAUUUGUCUCAAGUGCGUUAAAAGAAUUUGUGGAAAGAUACGAGUUCGUUAAGAAAGAGGUAUCACCUGAUAAAAAAGUAAUUAAAGAGAAAGUCACGAUAUCACGUAAUAUAACGGACGACGAUAUAACUGAUUUUUGGGAACGAUAUAGGAAUAUUUUUCCGAAAGAUAAAGAAAGACUAUGGGAUAAUCUAUUGAUUGGUCUUAAAAAGUACUAUGAAGUGCUAAAGGAAAGGCAUCAAUUAAAUGCUGAGACGCAAUCGUUACGAAGACAGAAUGCAGAAAUGCGUCGUUUAUUAAGCAAGUAUACCACACAGCCUGAAACUACAAUAACGCAUUGAAAAGAAAACGGAAUUUCGACAGCAAAAUUUUUAUGUUGUAGGAUUAAUAAAAAAUUAUUAAUUAUUAUUACUUACAACAUUAUAUAUUUUUCCAUUAAUCUUUAAAUGAACAUAUAUACAUUCAUACAUUACAUCGGUACCUUCUUGCACUAUUUCAUCUAAUAUCAAGAACAAUGUCAAUCUUUCAAACAUAUCUUAGUUUUUUGUACAAUUUGUUUUUAAAACUUUCCUUAAUUAUUAAAUACAUCUAACAAAAAUUUACAUGUGAUUUCCAAUUGAACUAACCGUCUUUCAAUUAUAUGUAUAUUUAUAUUAUACCCUGAAGAAAUAGUGCAAAGAGAGAGAUUUAUAUCUUAACGCGGCAGAGCCUCCAAUGUUCAUGAAUUACAAAAUUAUAUAUAACAUUGUGUAUUUACUUAUUUGUAUAUGUGAAUGUCACUUAAUGUCCAAAAUUUAAGUAUCAAAUUAAUUUCAUCGUUUAAAGAAUCAUGACUCUACUUGGAAUGAAUUAUUCUCCUUGGAAAGAAUAAAACAUGUACUUAAAUAAUUCAUAUGUGUAUUAAAA